UAAAGUGUAAGAAAAGUUAUAUACACCCACACACACGAGAAUCAAGAACCCGCAGGAAUAUAAAGACACAACAUCUGUCUGCUCACCAUCAAACCCUAUUUUCUCCUGAGAGAGCCACAAGAAACUCAUGCAAUAUUCUUCACCCACUAGCUAAACUCACCACCUCCAUUGUUAUUAUUAAUCUCUCUCCAUUCCUCCCUCUCUCUCCAUUAUUCAUCUCUUUUUCGCAAUGAGUACCAAUUCUUCUUACUAUCUCACCUUCAGUGACGCUAAUGACCCUCUUGUUUCACGGAGGCUGUUUCUCCUCAGAAACGUUCAAGUUCUUGAGUUUCUUCUUGCCCUUUUCGCCUUUAUCGCCAUACAUUCCUUGCGUCAGAAGAAACACUACGGUCUUCCCGUAUGGCCCUUUCUAGGGAUGCUUCCUUCUCUAGCUUCCGGCCUCAGAGGAAACAUAUACGAGUGGCUAAGCGAUAUUCUCCGUCGUCAAAACGGCACUUUCCGUUUCAGAGGCCCUUGGUUAAGCAGCCUCAACAGUACCAUUACUUGCGACCCAAGAAACGUUGAGCAUCUCCUCAAGAACCGUUUCUCUGUCUACCCUAAAGGUUCUUACUUCCGAGACAACCUCAGAGACCUUCUAGGAGAGGGUAUAUUCAACGCGGAUGACGAGACUUGGCAGAGGCAGAGGAAGACCGCAAGCAUCGACUUUCAUUCAGCUAAGUUCAGACAACUAACAACUCACUCCUUGUAUGAGCUUGUGCACAAGAGGCUCUUACCAGUUCUCGAAGCUUCGGUUAAAAGCUCUUCUCCUAUUGAUCUACAAGACGUGUUGUUGAGGCUAACGUUUGAUAACGUAUGCAUGAUUGCUUUUGGAGUCGAUCCAGGAUGUCUCGGUCCAGACCAACCCGUGAUACCCUUUGCUAAAGCCUUUGAGGACGCGACCGAAGCUGCAGUUUGUAGAUUCGUCAUGCCUACUUGCGUGUGGAAGCUCAUGAAGUAUCUUGAUUUAGGAACAGAGAAGAUGCUAAAGGAAUCAAUAAAAGGUGUGGAUGAUUUUGCUGAUGAAGUUAUCAGGACGAGGAAGAAAGAACUGUCUCUUGAGGGUGAAUCCACAAAGAGAUCUGAUCUCUUGACGGUGUUUAUGGGUCUGAGAGAUGAGAAGGGAGGUAGCUUUUCAGACAAGUUUCUUCGUGAUAUCUGUGUGAACUUCAUACUUGCUGGGAGAGAUACUUCUUCUGUUGCUCUCAGCUGGUUCUUCUGGUUGCUAGAGAAGAAUCCAGAAGUGGAAGAGAAGAUCAUGGUGGAGAUAUGUAAGAUUUUGAGGCAGAGGGAUGAUAAUGGUAAGGGAGGGAAGAUAGAUUAUGAGCCUGUGUUCGGACCAGAAGAGAUCAAGAAGAUGGAUUAUCUACAAGCUGCUUUGUCUGAAGCUCUUAGGUUAUACCCUUCAGUUCCCGUUGAUCAUAAAGAGGUACAAGAAGAUGAUGUAUUUCCUGAUGGAACAAUACUGAAAAAAGGAGAAAAGGUUAUAUAUGCUAUUUACGCAAUGGGUCGUAUGGAAGCCAUUUGGGGAGAAGACUGUCGCGAGUUUAGGCCAGAGAGGUGGCUAAGAGAUGGACAGUUUAUGAGUGAGUCGGCAUAUAAAUUCACGGCCUUCAAUGGCGGUCCACGCCUUUGUCUAGGCAAAGAUUUUGCCUAUUAUCAGAUGAAAUCUACCGCGGCUGCUAUAGUUUAUCGCUACAAGAUGAAGGUGGUGGAAGGUCAUAAAGUGGAACCGAAGCUAGCUCUUACAAUGUACAUGAAACAUGGCUUGAUGGUCAAUUUGAUCAACAGGAGUUUCUCCGAGAUAGAUCAAUACUAUGCCAAGACUAUUGAAGAUGGUAGUAGUGUUUAAUGUUUAAGAUUUGUUAAUUAGUUAAGAUGGAGAUCGUAAGAAGACUGUUUACUUAUUUUUGGAUCAUUUGAAUUUUAAAAUAAUGCUUAUUUUUUCAAUUGGUCAUACGAUGAUGUGUUUGGUCUAAAAUCCAAAAGGGUUUUUAGUGUUUGUGGAAAUUAGGACGAAGGUUGUUAUGGUUAGUUAUAUGUAGGCCAUUUCAUUGUUCGAAUAUUAGGAAUACUAGUUGGUCAUGG